AUGGCUUCAGGCUCUCGUUAUGCCCCUCUGGCAGAGGAUGACUUUGAGUCGGAAGAUCCGGGGCCACACACCCACCCGGCUCCAUCACUGGCACACACCCGCCCGGCUUCACCCACUGCCACGCUUCAAGCGUACCCGGAAAUUCAAUGGAUCUACGCCGGGGUUGAGUACGACUCGUUGGAAAACGCUAUCCGCGCCUCGGCAGAUAGCUUAGGCAUCAACAAGCAAGCUUACGUUGACUGGGCUAUCUUUGUGACAAGGGACAUCACACGGCGCAAAGUGGUCAAUGUCUACAACGUCCUCGGCAGCAAGAUAUAUGAACAUUGGAACAAUUUCCUCAAUGAGUGCGACACCACCCACGCCACCUUCAAAGAGUUGGACACGUCUAUGACAGGCCUUCACACCAAGGCUGACACUGCUGGGAACCUCGCUCUCAAAGCUGUGGAAGAGAACAAACAGCUGAAGGCGGAACUGGUCACUGUCAAUGCGGACCUGGAGGUUCUCAACCGGAACAACACGGAGCUUGUCAAAUGGUACAAGGAACUCGCAGCCAAGUUUACACAGUUGGAGCAAGGCCUGUCGACCCGCACCACGCUUGGUAUCAGUACCACCCCGGUCCCUGUCGUAUCACAGGCCUUGCGUAUCAAGGCAUCAGAACCACCCAAGUACAAGGGAAACAAAGGCUCGGACAUCACUCUCGAACAAUGGUUACAGAAGAUGGGCCUUUGGUUCCGUGUCCAGAACAUCACCACGGACAAUGACAAGAUUACCCUGGCCCUCAUGUACUUAGAAGGCG